AUGGGCGGACUGGACUACUGGCUCGUCCACCUCCGCUGGACUAUCCCGCCAGCGCUAGUCCUCUGGAGCACCUUCAGGAAGCUCAGGACACGCCGCGAUGUGUACAAGACGCUCUUCCUCGUCGCCAUCGCAGUAACCGCGACAAUUCCCUGGGACUCGUACCUCAUCCGGCACAGGAUCUGGUCAUACCCCGAGUCAUCCGUCGUCGGACCGACCCUCUUCGCGAUACCCUACGAAGAGAUCUUCUUCUUCUUCGUCCAGACCUACAUCACCGCGACCGUCUACGCCCUCUUCAGCCGCCCCGUCGUGCACGCCGUCCUCCUCCCUCGGAAACCUAGCGACGGACGAGCGGCGCGGUACAUCGGGACGGCGGCGUUCUUGGGCAUCUUUGCGCUCGCGUGGGCCAAGUUGGAAGAGGGAGGAGAGGGAACGUACCUCGCGUUGAUUGUUGGAUGGGUUGCGCCGUUCCUCGCGUUGCUCUGGUUCAUUGCCUCGAACCACUUGCUCGCCAUGCCUCGCUGGGCCGUCGGUCUCCCCAUCCUCCUCCCGACGCUCUACUUGUGGGAGUGCGACGCUCGAGCAUUGCAGCGCGGAACUUGGGUGAUCGAGAAGGGCACAAAGCUGGGCUUGGCUUUCCGCGGCCUUGAAAUCGAAGAGGCCGUCUUCUUCCUCUUGACAAACGUCAUGAUCGUCUUCGGCCUCGUCGCCUGCGACUACUGCCUUGCAGUUCACGACUUGCGCUCCUACGACACCCGCACCUCGUCCGUCUUCCCACCCUUGCGCGACUUCCUCCCCAUCCUCCUCAACUCGCCCGACGCCGCACAGCGUCAACGCAUCGAGGACUUGCAGGCGGCUAUCGACAUCUUGUCGGUCCAUUCGAAGAGCUUCUCGACGGCGAGUCAGGUGUUCGAGGGCAGGCUGAGGCUGGACCUUCUCUCCCUCUACGCCUGGUGCCGAGUUUGCGACGACCUGAUCGACAACGCCUCGACGGUCGCGGCGGCCGAAUCCAACAUCGACAUGAUCUCGGGCUGCCUCGACCUCCUCUACCCUCCCUCCGCCUCGACUCCGACCUCCCUCCCCGUCCGCGUCUCAAACAAGCAAAUCGAGGCGGCCUUGCCCGGCCUGAGCGAGCCCGAACGAGGCGCAUUCCACCUCCUCAGGCUCCUUCCUAUCGCCCGCCCACCGCUCGACGAGCUCCUCGACGGCUUCCGUACCGACCUCUCCUUCCUCGCUCUCUCCGACUCCAAGGGUGCCAAGACGAACGGCGCCGCGAACGGGAACGGGAACGGCAAGUCCAGCAUCUCCGCCGAGUUGCCCAUCAAGACCGACUCGGACCUGCUCGUCUACGCCAACAACGUCGCUUCGUCCGUCGCGGACCUCUGCGUCCAACUCGUCUGGGCGCACUGCACGCCUUACUCCCGCACACCCGCUCAAUCAGUCCCGCGCGACCCGAUUCUGUCAGAAGCGGAGAACGCGCACGUUCUCGCGGCGGCGAGGGAGAUGGGACAGGCUCUCCAGCUCGUCAAUAUCGCGCGGGACGUACCGGCCGACUUGAAGAUUGGGCGGAUCUACCUCCCAGGUCGCGCGCUCGACACGCCGGUGCCCGAGUUGACGAGCGACAGGCGGGCGUUGCUCGCUCGUGCGAACGAGAUGGCUGCGCAUAGCAAGGAUGCGAUAGAGAAGUUGCCGCAAGAGGCGAGAGGAGGGAUCAGGGCGGCGUGUUUGGUCUAUCUCAGCAUCGGGGACGCGGUCGGGAAGGCGUUGGACGAGGGGAGGGUGAUGGAGCGCGCGAGGGUGUCCAAGGGUGCGAGGGCGCGCAAAGCGUGGCAGGCGCUGUGA